AGUUCCUCCAGUGUUUAUCUGGACCUCCACCCAGUUCCACACACUCUGAGGGCGAGGAGAAGCAGAUAACUUCGUCUUCUUCAUCCUUCACCUUAUCCUCCUUCUCAUCCUCCUCUUCUUCAUCCUCCUCUUCCUCCUCGCGGAGUAUCGCAGAACCAGCGGACCAACAUGAGGGGAAAAUUCUGACGGGAAUAUCAGACUUUCACUCCAUCUCCAGAAUGUUCAGACGAGGCUGUGGUCUGGAGUUCCUCCUGGUGCUGUGUGGGUUGGAGCUGUCGCAGUCGUGCCCGCGCCACUGCAUCUGCUACAGCUCGCCUAGCACGGUCAGCUGCCAGGCGCACAACUUCCAGGUGGUUCCCGAGGGCAUCCCGGCGCAGAGCGAACGCGUCUUCUUGCAGAACAACAAGAUCCAGCGCCUGCUCCAGGGCCACUUCAGCCCCACUACUGUCAUGCUGUGGCUCUACUCCAACAACAUCUCUUAUAUCCAGCCCUCCACCUUCAUGGGCUUCACCCGCUUGGAGGAGCUCGACCUGGGUGACAACCGCCACCUGGGCUCGCUGGCUAGCGACACCUUCCAGGGCCUGGGUCGCCUCCACGCGCUCCACCUCUACCACUGCGGCCUGCUGACCCUGCCUGCCGGCCUGUUUGAUGGCCUGCACAACCUGCAGUACCUUUAUCUGCAGGACAACCAGCUGGAAUUCCUGGAGGACGAUAUGUUCGUGGACCUCCUGAACCUCAGCCACCUCUUCCUGCAUGGCAACCGGCUGUGGAGCCUCCAUCAGAACACGUUCCGUGGCCUCGGUGCCCUGGACCGCCUGCUGCUGCAUCAGAAUCGGCUCCAGUGGAUCCAUCAGCUGGCCUUCCAUGACUUGAGGCGCCUGACCACGCUGUACCUGUUCAACAACUCUCUGCCGGAGCUAGCCACAGAGAGCCUGGCAAUGCUUCCGGCCCUGGAGUACCUGCGACUUAACGACAACCCAUGGGAAUGUGACUGUAAAGCUGUGGCGCUCUGGGACUGGCUGCGCCGCUUCCGUGGCUCCACCUCUUCAGUGGUGUGCGUGGCUCCGCCCGAGCUUGCAGGGAAAGACCUGAAGCGGGUGAAGAAGGAGGAGUUACCUGCUUGCACUGGUUCUGAGUCCCUGCACCAGAGCAAGUCCAGCCAGGGGGACGUAGGCGUGUCGCUGAAGAAGGACCAUCACCAUCGACUACAUUCCCACCACCACCAUCCUCACCUGCCUCACCAGGACCAACAUUUCCCCCCCUCAUCAGCCCCCCUGCCUGCACCUCCAAAGGCAGGACGCAACAGGAACUGCACGAGGCAGCGUGGUCGGAAGGGGAAAGGGCAGAAUGAGGUGUAUGGCCAUAAAGACUUGGGGGAGGGAAAAGAGGGAGAGGGCAAAUACGACCCCUUAAAUCCUGAAGGUUCCCCACCAAGACGUAAAAAUAAGUGCAUCCCAAGGACCUCGGUAGGGCCCCCAAGUGGGGUUCAGAGAGCCACCAACAGAGCCAUGUCACUGGUGCAUUCUCUCCUCAUUCCUCUCUGCCUAUUGGCUCCUCUUACAACCUUUAUACAGCGCUGAGCCAAUGCAGCCCUUGCUUUGUGGUAACAGUCAAAUAUAAUAACUAACUCCGUCCUCAAUCUACUCUGGCUCCUACACUAAAGUGUGUGAGGGUGUGUGUGUGUGUGUGUGUGUAUGCGUGUCUUAUCAAGCGUGCAGUUACCCAAUGUGUGUUUAUGUGGUAAGCCUCUCUUGUGUCAGAAGGCGGAUUGAACUCUAAACCGUGAGCCUGAAAUUUAACAUGAGGUUUGAAAGAAGAAAAAAGGCACCCUGGAUCUCAUCUUACGAAGUAGUGGAGUUCACAAAUCUGACUCUGGCUUCCUCAAGAACCAGUUAAAGACUCUGUCUGUGUCUUCUCUAAUCUUUUGUACUAACAAGAUUCAGAUCCAAGGUCAUAAUCAUAUUCGCCAUAUAUUCUGUAACGAGCGUCAGAGGAUGGGGAGCUUCUAUACGUUUUGCACACAUUCCAACCCACACAGCACUGCAGGCUCAUUAGUUUCCUGCUGUAAUUUGGAUGACGGCCAUUAUGUCCUCCCCAUCACAAGCGCCGGGCCCUCGGCCCACGGACACGCUGAUGCACGCUGCUCUCAGCAGGGCGAGGCGCGUGGGCGAGACACAGCAACCAAAUAUUAACAGAGCGCUUUCAGGUAUGCUUUUGCUGAAGAAUUAGCCUGUCAGCAUUAAAAGGUGGGUACUUAACUCUGUCUCUCUCUAGCUUUAGACGGAGACGUGGCCAUAUCCAAGCUACUCUAAGCUCAUAUGUGGGUGGGUCUGCGCAUAAUAUGUCCUUAUGUUUCAUCACAUUUAAAUGGAAUAGCUACUUUCUUCUUCUGUUUCCAAAGCACACUGAAGUCUGUUGACCUUAAGCUGCUGGGUGGGUUUGGUCGUUGAGGUGGAGAGCUGCUCUGUGCCGGCGACUGUCUGUCUGUCUGAGAGUGUGUCUGGUUUGCUUAGCUGUGAGAUGUGUUUGCUAUUAGAACCUAGUGGGAGGAUGGUAGUUAAAGAGGUGGCGAGGUCAAAUAUAGCUCCUGCCAUGGCAGUUCACCCAAGUGUGCUAUCCAUCAUUGUGAUACAUGGGCAUUCUCCGUGUCAUUGCUCACUGGGAAAUCUAUCUACAGCACGCCACGGUCAAGCGAAUCAACAGAGAGACGAAACACUCCUGCAGUUACAGGGGGAGAACAGCAAACAGACGGACGGACAUCGCUUUAAAUCCCUUAGCCAUAAUUCUGGCUAACAGAACGUUUCUAAAGCCAGCAAGGAAAAGUGACAGUGCCCCCUUUGUUCUGGAGGACUCGCAGCACUUUCCCCAGUCCAGUCUCUGUUCCCUGCACUCAAAGACUACUUAUAGAAGUUUCUACUAAAGUGAACUGAGAUUAAUAUGAACUAACUAACUGUUAACAUUGUGAGCAUUGAUUUCUUUGGGAACAUCACUUGUCACACUCUGAGGGAACAAAAUGAAUUUUGUCUUCCUCCUCAAGGCGAGGGGUAGUUUAUUUUUAUUAUGCAUUGUUCGUUUUUCUAAUCGUUCAUUAUAAUUUCAGACAAAGUGCACUGUGCUGUCUACCCUCUUUCUCUCCCUCUCAGCCCGAUCUUCAUCCCAUGCUCUCUCUCUCUCUCUCUCUCUGUCUAUCUCUAUUUCUCCCUCUUAUGCCUUCUCUGUGACUCAAACUUUCUGUCUGUUGUUAUCCAACACCACCAGACUCCAGAAGCUGUUUCUAAAGAACAUUAAAGAGAAAAUGUGAUCUUACUGCUGACGGCUCUGUAGAGACUCUCAUUACUCUGUUGUGUAUGCAUGUUUGAUUAUGAGUAUAAAUAAGUGAGUGUCUGUGAGAAAGACUUUUGUUUUGUUAUUCAUACAAAUCAAAAAAGGAAGGAAAAAGGUGUGGAAAGAAAGGCCUCAGAAGUGAGAAGGAUAACUAGAGGUCCGGUCAGAUGAGUAGUACACUCUUAAAAACAAUG